AUGGACACAGACGAUACUAUCGAACGUGAAAUCUAUCUCAACACGCUCCCCAGCAGCUCAUCGUAUGUGUUUGAGGAAUCAGCAUACUUCUCUCGGAAUGGACCUGGCUGUUCCCUGCCUUCGCCUGCCGAGGUUCGCAGGCUUCGGGACCCUUUGUCUUCAGGUGCGUCAGAAACCGCGAAAUUCGAAGCAUUGGGCCUCAUCGUGAAAUUCGGACGAGAGAUCACUAUCGCGGAAGGGCAAUGUCUCUGGGCCAUUCGGCAGCACUUCCAUCAUCAUCAAGUGUCUGUUCCUGAAGUAUACGGUUGGUGUGAAGAGUCGGGCGAAGUCUUUAUUUACAUGGAGCUCAUUCAAGGCAUUACGCUAGAAGACAGAUGGGAAUCCCUUCCGAGGCAGGAGAGAUUGAAUGUUUGUGAGCAGCUUCGAGCUAUGUUGGUGGAGCUACGUACUUUGCGACAGGAUCCAAAUUAUUACUUUCUCGGACAUAUCAAUCGUCAACCUCUGCUUGAUAUCGUUUUUACAAACAGCACGAAGCCGCCAGCCGGGCCUUUCUCCUCAGUCAAAGAAUUCCAUGACUGGCUCUCCUACUUGACCAAGCGAGGGAAAGCAACCCAUUGGCCGGAUCCUUCACUCAUACCAGAUCCAUGCCGUGUUUUACUCCCUGACGACUCUUUGAUCACCUUUACUCAUAGUGACCUUCAUCCGAGAAAUAUCAUGGUUUCCGCCGAUGGUCCCUGUCGCAUUCUUGCUUUAGUGGAUUGGCACCAAUCUGGGUGGUAUCCAGACUACUGGGAAUAUUGUAAAGCAGUAUAUACUGCUGACCCAGGCGGAGAAUGGGAGACAGAGUAUAUACCGCGAUUUGUGGAGGUGCCUACAUGUUAUGAUGCUUGGGCCUUCUAUCCUCGAACUCUUGGAUACUGA